GUGGAGGACUGCGGGGAAUCAGGAUGACAGCGAGCAGCCACUUUCGUAAUUAAAGCACCCACAGCUGCACGGACUGGCUCUGUGCGCGUCGGUUUACACGCUAAUAAUCCAAACCUCUGUGUGCUAGUGUCGAACCACAGUGUCAUUUUUGCUGCAGAGGGAGAGAGAGAGAGAGAGAGAGAGAGAGAGAGAGAGAGAAACCGGUCGGAGGAGGUGAACGGGUUCGGGCCUCUGCUGAAGAGCUGCUGGUGUGACGUAGCCGUCCACCAACACACACAUACUUACACCGGCUGCUGCUGCGCCUGCCAGAAUCUCAAUGUGGGGAAAUGACCGCGAGUGACCUCAAAGGAAACACUGUAUUUUAGCGACUGUUCGUAUUUCCAUUUUAUAUUGCACUAAAUUACAAUUUCACGUCCAAUUCGAGCUUGGUAUUUUGAGGUGGAGCACGUUAAAUUGCGAAGGAGGGUAACGUCUAGCGUCUCACUAGAUUGCGAGCAGCAGGAGCUAACUAACAUUAGCUAGCUAAGCUAAAGGUAGCCGGGGUUUCUCGUAGCUAGCCAGCUAGCUAACAGCCGGGCUUUUACAUUCGCUCUCGCGGCAGAUGCUAAGCUAAGCUCGGCUAGGCUAGGCUAGGAUAGCUGCUGCCAUGGAUAAAGCCAAGUCAAUGAUGGACAAGAAAGGAGCGUCGGGACCCUUUCAUGUCAACAACGGCCAGAGCCAGAGGGGAUUUCAUAGUCACGUCGCUGUGGCCGCGAACGGCAGCUGCUGCAGCGGCAGUGCAUUCGGGUCGAGCAGCGGUGGACCCAACAGCAGCACCUUUGAGAACAUGCAUCAUCUGCACCGCGGGGAAGAUGCGGAGUGCAACGGGUCCCCCGCAAAGAGGUGCAGGCUACGGAGGAGGACGGAGUCGGUGAGACGGAGCAGACCCCCCUUCCCCUGGUUUGGAAUGGACAUCGGUGGCACCUUGGUGAAGUUGGUGUACUUUGAGCCAGUCGACAUAACUGCAGAGGAAGAACAGGAGGAAGUAGAAAACCUCAAAUCCAUCCGCCGAUACCUCACCUCUAACGUGGCCUACGGUAAAACAGGUGUCCGUGACGUCCACCUGGAGCUGAGGAACCUGACAAUGUGCGGCAGGACGGGGAACCUGCACUUCAUCCGCUUCCCAACACAGGCCAUGCCUCGCUUCAUUCAGAUGGGCCACGACAAGAACUUCUCCAGCCUCCACACUACUCUCUGUGCUACCGGAGGCGGCGCCUACAAGUUCGAGAAUGACUUCAGAACGAUGGCCGACCUGGAGCUGCUGAAGCUCGACGAGCUGGACUGCCUGAUUCAUGGCCUGCUGUACGUCGACCGGGUGGGCUUCAAUGGACACCCAGAGUGCUACUACUUCCAGAACCCCUCAGACACACAGAGCUGCGUGAAGAAGCCCUGCACCUUGGAAGACCCCUUCCCCAUGCUGCUGGUCAACAUCGGCUCCGGGGUCUCCAUACUGGCUGUGUACUCGGAGAACAACUACAAACGGGUGACUGGGACCAGUCUGGGAGGUGGUACCUUCCUGGGCCUAUGCUGUCUGCUGACGGGCUGCGAGACAUUUGAGGAGGCAUUGGAAAUGGCCAGCAAGGGCGACUCUACCAACGUGGACAAACUGGUGAAAGAUAUCUAUGGAGGAGACUACGAGCGCUUUGGCCUACAGGGUUCAGCUGUGGCAUCCAGUUUUGGUCACAUGAUGAGCAAAGAGAAGCGCGACAGCAUCAGUAAGGAAGACCUGGCCAGAGCCACACUCGUCACCAUCACUAACAACAUAGGAUCCAUAGCACGGAUGUGUGCCGUCAAUGAGAAAAUCGAGCGCGUGGUGUUUGUUGGGAACUUCCUUCGUAUCAACACAGUGUCCACAAAGCUGCUAGCCUAUGCCAUGGACUUCUGGUCUAAAGGACAACUCAGAGCGCUCUUCCUGGAACAUGAGGGUUAUUUCGGGGCUGUCGGUGCGCUGAUGGAGCUGCUCAAGACAACAGAAGACCCAUGAAGCAAACCGUGUCGUGACAUCAUCAACCCCUCAACAAGACUGUCAUACACCCCCGAGCGCUGUGAUGUCAUCACCUCUCGAUGCUGUGACGUCAUCAACCCUUUGACGCUGCUGAAAGGUCUCGUUCACAGAGACCACUAAAGGAACACUAAGAGAGAGACGCAUAAACUGAGAAAAGCCAUUUUAAUAAUUUAACUCUUGUAAAUAAUGAUAACCUCUAACAUUCAUCUCCUUAAUCUCCCCAACAGAGCCCCCUAUCAUAGAGGUUUUAAUAUUGUAAACUUUAAUUUAUGGUUUCCUUUAAUCACUGCGGUUGAUUUCUGUAAUCAGUCCUGUGUGGGGAAGCACAGAGUAUUUUAGUGUUUUUUGUUACUGUGUGUGUUUGUGUGAAUAGCUACUGUAGCGUUACGUCCUGGAGGCUGUGCUGCCCGGGUGACUGUUUGCGCAACAGCUCUCUGAGAUGGGACGUCUGCACAGGAAGGAAGUUACUCUUGAAUUAACAGUUUUUACCACCAGGGAUUGAAAGACACUCUGUGACCACAGAGUCAUCUUUAGAUCACGAAUGGUUCCUGCUGUAGCUGAAGCUGUAGACUACACUUAGCAGUCAAACAGCUCCAAACUGCAGUUGGAAAACCAGCAGUGAGUUUCAGAGGUGUUUUGUGCACAACAAGUUGCCCACCAUGCUCCAGUCUUCUAAGGAGUGCACUGAAGCCAAACCCUGUUGAGACUUGUGCCUCCUUCAGCUCAGAUGGGACGCAGAAACACGGUCUUUACUUCUUUCUACUGCUCCACAUGGCCUUUUGCUUUUUGUUUGUCUUUCCUCCGUCUGCCUACAGUACAUGUAAACAAAAAUAACAACACCAUAUUGCCACGCAUGCAGUGAUUAGUGAGUUUAGUGUUAGAUGAUGGGACCAAGAGACUGUCUUCCAACAGAUGGCGCUACAGCUGUAUCUGAUUUCUGUUGACUAGCAACACUACAACUACAGUUCAGUUGGACCUGUGUUUGUAUAUUGUGAAAUACUAUGGGAUGUUUGUUUUUUGUAAUCAUCUUAUGAUUUUCUCCCACCCCUCCCACUUCAACAGGGUGGGAUGCCUGUUUCCUCACCCUCUAGCUCCUCUGCCACCCUGUUGCCUUUUUCAGAUGUUGAGUUCAGGCUCAGAUAACACAGGCUAAGAUUAAAUUAUCUCCAUAUGAAUCCUGGCAUUAAAAAGAAGGACCAAUAUGCUUUCAGGAAGAGUCGCCCCUUUUGUAAAAUGGCAGAAUCAGUUUUGCAGAUUAGACUGAUUUUACUGUCUAAUGGUGCAGUUGUGUUCCGGCUUGGUAUCUGUCCUUGAUAAUUUUAUGACACCAACCAAAUUGUCUCAGUACUAUUUGACUAAUGUCUUGUCAUUUCAUACCAAAUUUCAAUACUGACGGAGUUAAUCUUAUCAGCGGCACAUCUGGUAAUUGCCUGUCACGAGUCAUGCAGGAAAAUGUAUAAAAUAAUCUUUUGUUCGACCAGAUUUCAUAGACGUUGUAUCUGGUAUUGUUUAGAAUCUGGAAUCAAAGUCGAGGCCUCUGUAUGACUUUUUAAUUUUUUUUUUUUUUUUCAAGGCCAACCAGCACCUAUUUAUUGUGCAAGCCCUAAGCGCUGCUGGAUGGUAAACAUAUUAAUCCCCCCUGCUUUGUCAUCUUGUCAUCACAAACCAUGAGAACAUUUUUUUUGGAAAGAUAUCUUAGAGACUGAAUCACAGUGUUUGUCUCCUUAAUAACAACACUUCCACUAAUGUUAAUCACUACUUAUUAAUUAACUAAUUACUUAAGAAAAUGCCAGCUUGAGUUUACCCCAAACUAGCAGUCUGAGAUGUCAAACCACUGUGUUUCAGUAGAUAUUCUUAAAGUUUACAGCUGCAGCUGAAAAAGAGGAAUCUUACCUGAUCUGCAAUUAAAAUAGGGAGUUCGAAUUGUAAAUUUACCUUCACACCUCAUCCUGGCUGUAAAGCUGUAAAGAGCCUUAGAUCAUAGCUGUUCUUGGAAACAUGGACUACAAGUAUCAGUGUGUAGUUUCCUCCCAGCCUGGACCUUUACAGCCUUUCAUUUCUGUUUAAUGUCAAAGCAGCUGAACUGUAAAGCCGAACGGUGUACUCUCCACCGUCCACUGCUUCAUAUAUUAACUACAACUGUCUAAAUGCCUUUAUAUGCUCCUUUGCUUUUUGGAGUAGCUUUUUGUGUAAUUGACCUUCAUCUCUCUUGAAACAGUACCUCCAAAUCAGCGCUAACAACACUUUCGGGUUGCGUUAGUUUCAUGUGUUUCUGAGCCUGAUGUGUUAAAGUGAAACAACAAAGGUUAAAUCCUCUGCUAGUAUGUUGUUUUUGUGAAAAGUCUUAUUGACAAAAUCAAAUGGCCAUCUAAUGUACUCGUGGACUACACUUUGACCCUGACAAACAACAUGUUUGCUCCUGUACAGUCCUGUUCUUCUUCAGUUCAAUUGUGUAAAAGGAUAUUUGGAUAAUAGGCCACAUGGUUAUUAGGAAGUUAUUUAAAGCUGAUGUUAUUAUCCACACGAACAGUUAAAAAGUUUUGCUGUGAGUAUUGAUCAUCAGGUAAGAGAGUAAUCUCUUUUGUACCGAGUGACUUCUCUGUAGCUCACAUACUGAAAGUUAAAAAAAAUAGUUCUUUUCUGCUGAUGAGUGGAAAAGAGAUCAAUCACUAUUGGCUGUAAUAAUCCAGAUGUCAGCACUUGUGCGAGUGUUCAAAGAAAAGCUGUGAUGAAACACUAAUUGACUCGUAGUGUUUUCGGAGUUUCCGGAUAUUGUGUUCUGUUCUGUUGUGUAUUUUUAUUUGCCUUGGUCCAAAUCAUGUUUGGAUAAUGAUGGUGGCCUCGACCUAUCAGCUGUGUGUUAUCUCGUGCCACGCUUUCCUUUUACCCUGAUCGGUUGCCUUGACUGUGGUUACACCAUGUUUGUGACCUUCACUUUCCUGUGUGAUUGAAUUUCUUACCUGCUGAACUGUUAUUGUAAGGUUUGUGGUUUCACUCUCGCUUUCUGUGAUUUGUGAUGGUUUUUUUCUGUCAUUGUACUGUACAAGUACUGAACUUGAAGUUAUCGGGCUGUUUGGCAUUCAGAACUCACCUGCUUGUCCCAAGUGAGCAUUAUCUUCCACUACCACCUCAAUAGAUCUGAUGUCAAAUUAGAUUAUUUGAAAACUCACAAUGUUUGGUUUUAUGGAUCAUUAAAUGUAAGAACUGGAAUACACUUUCCCCAACUUUUCUUUUCAUGAAGUUUCUGGGCAACAGUUUGGUUUGGGAACAUUUUUGAAAGGUGUGUGUCCUUUUAUGAUUGUUACUCACUUUUGUUUUGUUUUUCUUUCUUUUUUUGUGGCCAGUAGUAAAUAACAAUGUGCAUUAAUGUGUUUUACCCAUGUGAUUUGAAAAUACCAUUGUACGGACUUUACUGUUCAUGGUGUGAUUGUUUUUGGUUGGCACAAAAGAACCAGUGUGAUUGUUUGUAGAAAUGGAAAAUCCAGUCUGUCAUCCCCUGUCAGACUGAUGAAGCCUUUUCAAACAUGUUGUGAUUCUCAGCAUUUAUGAAAGUGAUCGAGUUUUAAAACACGUCAUCAAUGUCCUGCAGAACUGAGGUAGAAGGAGCUUAUAUUGAAUCAAAUGCUGGCGAACAUCACAAUAGUUUCAGCCAUAUUUGAUAUUUUCCACAAUAUUGAACAGCUGUUAUGGCAUCUUCUGGCUUUUAUUUUGAAAAGAAAAUGUAUACAGGAUUGUCUUGGCUGUGGAGGCAGCCCUUGUCCAUAUUUGGGAGGAUACUGUAGGACAAUUGGCCUGAUGUAGCAGCAUGCACGCAGCUCUUCAAACAUACUGACUUGGUUUCUAAGAACCCCAGCUCACCAAUUUGGCAGCUGAGUCAGGACCUAUUGGGGAACAUAUGGGAACAUCUGUAAGCUGACACGUCGGUUUCUGCAUAACAUAGAUGAUGUGUUUGGAAUCUGCUUAUUUUAAAGUGUACCUAUAUGUUUUAAGUACAAGUUAGAACAUAAUUAUUUCACACAUAAUUAAUCUUAAAAUCUGUUGCAAGCUGAAGUUACAGACUUUCAUGGGAGAGUCACGAGUUCAGGUACUUAAACUUAGUAAGUAUGAACCUUCAGUGUGUCUGACUCCAAAAUUGUAAUUCUAAAAAAAUUUGAACACUUAAUAAGUAUUCAGUUGACAUUUUUUAUCAAAGUGUUAGUGCAACAGACACAGUAUGAAGCAAGACUUUAUGUAAAUGAUCUAACAGUCUGAGUUGUGAGUUUGGGGUUCAUGCCUCACUAACUAACACUCUGGUUCAUCUCCGACCAGGACCACUUGUUCUCCAAUCAGUAUGUGUUUCUCAGUGCUGUAGAGAGCUUUGACUUCUGUCAUCCAUAGUGUAAUCUAACCAACAGGCUAUGCAGUAACUCAUUCUGGAUUUAUUUAACACCUUCACCUUCCUCUCUAACGCUACCAGAGGUGAUUUGUUUGUAAAUGUUUUUCAAAAAAUAUGCAACCCUUGUAGUUUCCCCCUCGUAGAAAUCCUGUUUGAAUCUUGACGGAGAGAGUUUCUCCUCCUAAAGUUUGUCCUGCUGAUUAAAUGUUAACACUAUUUAAGGUGGACGCUCGCAAACAGGAUGUUUUGGGCUGAAUUUUGCGCCAAAAUGAGCGUGUGAAGCAUGUGAUCUGUGUGACCUUAUCAUGCUAAAAAGGUCAUUGAAAUCAUGCAGUACAUAAAAGUAAUGUGAUGAUAGUUCAGACGUAUCUUUAAUCCUGUGAGUUUAGGGUAGACUUUAACCUGUAAACACCUUAUUGCUUGUGGAACGUUUUCUUGCCCAAAUUUGCUAAAAUUCUCCUUCACUGGUUGGUAAUCUGGUGGAACAUCCUGUUGUGUGAACGCGUCCGGCCUUUAAACUGUCCUCUGAAAAGCUUGACCGGCAGGACGGACCUUUUCACCCUUGUGUAUUUGAUUGUACAGAGAUUUUGUAAAUAAUAUUAAUAAGAUAUAUUCUACACCAGCAAUCUGUCUGUUGAUGAAGUUAUUUCAGCUGAUCGGGGUUUCCCAAACACAACCCGGCACUUCAUUUACAAUCCAAACGCAGACAGAAGACUCAGCGAGACAAACAACUGUCCUCGUUUUCCAACAUCAGAGUAUUCACAAACAAGUAAUUGUUAACGUCUUUUUGGGACAUGAUUAAUGAGAUUUCCUCAUUAGGAUUCAACACAACUGUAGAUGUUUUUUUUCUGUGAUUUAAAUAAAAUUUUGGCCGCAAUUAGAAUUUUUCCAUUUACUGUAGCCAGUUUUGGCCCAUUUUGCUUUGAUUUAGAGAUUAACCAUGUUGGUCAUACUCACUCUGAAUGGAAGUCCAGGUGUUUUCUGUCUGCUGGAUUUCAGUUUCAGUGCCGGUCGUUCACAGCAGCUCCUCUAGGAUCUGGACUUGAGUGUGACAUUUUUGGGAAGCCCAGUGCUGGUUGUUGGCGUCAGUUCUGCUGCUGCUUUUAACUCUGGUUUGAAAAUGGAAAGGGUUAAAAAUGGAAGAAGAAGAAGAAGAAAAAAAAAAGACAGUUUAAAAAAUGAAACGGCUCCCUGCCUUGUGCAAUGCGUAUGUACUGAAGUGAAGAGAUUUUUUUUUUCUAAAGGAAUUAAACUAAAACUGGAUGAUA